AUGACCAUUGAAACGAGUGUCGACAGCACAGCGCAACCGGCGGUCGAAUCGGCUAGCAUUGGAGAACUCACUUCACUAGUGAGAUUAUUUUUCAUUGAAAUGUUUUUUUUUUCAAAUUUUUAUUUGAACUGUUAAAAUUUUUCUGAGUAUGAGUUGAAGUUGGAAAAAAAAAGCGCUUUGAAACAUCCCAACAGGUACUUUUGGACACACUGUAUUUUUUCUCGAUAAUUUAUCGGUAUGGCUUUUUUUCUCAAAUUAUCAAAAAAACAUUUUUUUGAGGAACCUUUUUCUUCUAUUUUAUUUUUUUGCUGCAAAUUUCCCAUCUUCCUGAUUUCAUAGUUUCAACAAAAAGCACGCCACUUAGAAAUUGCUUUAAAAUAUAAAAAAAUUUAUUUUUUUCAAAUCGUUCUCAAGCAAUACAAGAAACUUCGAUCAAAAGAGUUUUUUUUUUCUAUUUUCAUGCUUCAAUGAAGAGCGAAAAUGCUUGAACAAACGGAGUUUCAGAUCCAAGGCGUGUUGGCGCAGACGCAGGACCGUUUCCAGCACAUGUCUGACCAGAUAAUCCGACGGAUCGACGACAUGACCAAGCGGAUCGACGACCUCGAGAAGAACAUCAACGACCUGAUGACCCAGAAUCAGGUCGACCAGCCGACUCUCUGA